CAGGGUUCGCUUUAAAAGCGGCCAUCUCGCGUCGCCCGUAAGCUGUAUCCCAGCGGCCCAUAUCGCUGCUUUGUAGUGACCUGGAAUGCGGGCACCUAGAGUGCAGGCAGAUUCACGAUGGGCUUCGUCUUUGCCAACAUCUACGUGAUCACGACCAUUGCGGUCAUUGGUGGUGCCCUGUUUGGUUUCGACAUUGCGUCUAUGUCUGCCAUUCUGGGCACUCAACAGUACAAAUGUUUCUUCAACCAGGGCGGCAUCGGUGAAGACGGGAAGUGUGCCGGACCGACCUCCAGCAACCAGGGAGGCAUCUCUGCCUCGAUGCCCGGAGGAUCCUUUGCCGGAGCUCUGUGUUCUGGUAUCCUCACCGACUGGCUUGGCCGUCGACGAGCAAUCCAGGUGGGCGCUGUGAUCUGGUGCAUCGGCAGUGCGAUUACCUGCUCCUCGUUCAGUAUCGGGCAGCUUGUUGUCGGCCGGUUCAUCAACGGGGUAUCCGUCGGCAUCUGCAGCGCGCAGGUGCCUGUGUACGUCUCCGAACUGGCGCAGCCUAGCAAGCGUGGAACUGUUGUCGGUGCCCAACAGUGGGCCAUUACUUGGGGGAUCAUGAUCAUGUUCUACAUCUCCUACGGCAGCAGCUACAUGGAGGGCCCCGCCGCAUGGAGACUGCCAUGGGGCCUGCAGAUGAUUCCCGCCGUCUUCCUCUUCUUCGCUCUGUUCUUCAUGCCCGAGAGCCCCAGAUGGUUGGCCAAGAAGGACCGGUGGGAGGAGUGCCACGAGACCCUCGCGCUCGUCCACGCCAAGGGGAAUCACAACGACCCUUUCGUCCGGACGGAGCUGCGCGAGAUCCGCGAGAUGUGUGAGUUUGAACGCGCCAAUGCAGAUGCCAGCUACCUGGAUCUGUUUAAGCCCAAUAUGAUCAACCGCACACAUAUCGGGAUGUUUACCCAGAUCUGGUCUCAACUGACGGGCAUGAACGUAAUGAUGCUGUACAUCACGUACGUCUUUGGUAUGGCCGGCCUUUCCGGCAACGCCAACCUUGUUGCCUCGUCGAUUCAGUACGUGAUUAACGUGGUAAUGACCAUUUUUGCCCUGGUCUUCAUCGACCGCUGGGGUCGCCGCAUCCCGCUGCUGAUCGGAUCCACCCUGAUGAUGACCUUCAUGUUCGCAAACGCCGGCAUCAUGGCUUCAUACGGCAAGCCAGCGCCCCCGGGCGGAGUCGACAACGUCCCUGAAGAGUCCUGGGACAUGUCAGAGGCCAAGUCCGCAGCCAAGGGGGUCAUUGCAUGCACCUACCUCUUCGUCGCAUCGUUCGCGCCUACGUGGGGUCCUGUCAGCUGGAUCUAUCCCCCCGAGCUGUUCCCCUUGCGCCUUCGCGGUAAAGCCGUAGCCGUGACGACCGCCUCAAACUGGAUCUUCAAUUUUGCGCUUUCUUACUUUGUGCCUCCUGCAUUCGAGAACAUUAAAUGGAAAGUGUACAUUGUAUUCGGUGUCUUCUGCGCCGCUAUGACACUGCACGUCUUCUUCCUCUUUCCUGAGACGGCCGGCAAGACCCUUGAGGAUGUUGAUGCGAUGUUCCAUACGAAUGUCAAGCCAUGGCAGACCAGGGUGCAGUAUCGCGAUAUCAAGAAUGUAGAGCGAGGCGGUGUUGGGGCUCGGAUGCUCGAGAAGGAGAACGCCGUUGGGGUGGAGAGGGAGGAGAGGGAGGUUGCUGCUUGAUUGAGUCGCAACUUCUUGAGUUGCUAGAGCUGCUCUGGUAUAGAGAGAUGCGUGCCUGGAUGGACUGUGGUAAUGGCCGGAAUAUAGAUUCCGCUGCGUGGAUCGCUUUAUUUCUCUUCUUAAAGUAGCAAAACACUGCCAAGUUUAGUCAUUUCUUGACUCCACCCCGACCGU